GACAAAAAACAAAACAAAAAAGCUAUAAAAAUUAAAGAUUCAAGAAACAUUAUAUUAAUCACAGUUGACAUUCAAAGUUAAAAAACGAAGCGUUGGAAAAAAUAUCCGCUAAAAAAUGGACACGCACUUCUUUUCAAAAAGCAAACAGCAUGUCGGUGUCAACAAUAACUGUUAUAUGGUGGAUAUCUGCUACUGCAACGAUAGUGAUAGCGGAAAUGGACAUUCUUCUGGUGCUGACACUGUAAAAACUCCAACAACUUCAGAGAGAGAAACAGAACCAACUACUGCAAACGCGAUACUGCAGAUUAAUGAUCCAAAUCAAGCACAGUCAAUUACUAAUGAAGAAGAAAUUGCAUUUAAAAUUGAAAUUCAAAGAAGGAAACAGUUGACCAUAUCUUAUGAAGUAUUGAUGUGGUUUGUAUUCACUGUGGUCACCAUUCUGUGCAUUGUGGACCGUUUUGUCUAUACUGGCGACUGUGUGCUAAAAAGAAAAGGUAAAACUGUAUCUCGAUUGUGGGGAGAUAAUUUUGGACAAACGCUGACUAACGUUGUAUGGGGAGUCACGGCAAGACUUAUCACAACAUCACAAAAUUUAAUGUUUUACACAACGUUAUGGUGUCUUCCGAAUAUGAUGACUGAAAUUGCACCAAGAUUCCUCAAAAUCACGAGAAUAAGGGACAUUCACAUUAAAGCACAUCGUAUUGCUGGAAUUUUUCUAAUUGGCAUUCCUUCACUUGCUCAUGUGCUGGUUAUAUUUCUUCCUCCGUUAAUUGAUCGAACAGAACUGACCUACAGCCCACCAUCUCACUUUAAUUUUAGCAAUCAGUUGGGACAUCUGAAUUGGACCAAGUGGUGGGAUCCGGCCGCUGUUGAGAAUUGGUCUUUUAAUGAUAAAUCAGGUGUACAUUUGACAUCAGAUGAGAUAUACAGAUUACUUCUAAUGAUCAUCCUGUUCUGUUUCCUGUUUCCUCUAAGCAGAAGCAGCUACUUAAACGACAGAUCGUACUCCUUUGCUAUCGCUCUUCACGCAUUUGCCGGUGUCUGGUAUGCCAUUGAUAACAUAAGAAAAAUUACACACGGACUUGCACAUGUCAUUAAUCUACCAUUUUUCAUAUUCUGGUGCAUUGAUCGUCUCCUUAGUAUUGUCCUUUACCGAAGAAGUAAUUGCACAAUCUCUGCUAAACAAGUAACAAGUGAUGGAAAGUACAUUGUAGUCUAUAUGAAGUCAGAUGUUUACAACAAGAGAACUGUUGGAGAUGUUUACUACCUAUCCUUGGCAAGCAAAAGGAGACAGUUGCUAUCUUUGGAACGUGCGCAUCCUUAUACGUCAUUUAACAACCAUUCCAAGGAUAAAUCAUGGGAUAUUGGUUUUGUUAUUAGAGUUAUGGAUGAUCACACGCAAUGGUUUUCGAGUUGGACAAGACGAUUGUUCAAUGUUGAUGAAUCAAAUAGUUUACAACUAAUCACAGCAUGGGGACCAUAUCGUGCGUCGUGCUUCCAUCUUUAUCAACAACUUAAGCAGAACAGAAAGAAAUGCUACACCUUAUUUGCUUCUGGCUCCGGCCUGGGAUAUCUCUUGGAUGUCUUAAGUUUUCUUGCCUACAAAUCGUCAAAACGAGAUGCAGCAGAGAGGCCUCACCUUGAUAUGUAUUAUACAGUUAGUUGUGCACAAUUUACGGACUACUUUCAUGAGAAGGUUGAAAAUCUCAUCAAAGAGGUGGUCUUCGUACAAACAGCAACUGUUUCCUUCCACUGGAGUAUUACUGCAGAAAAGAAGGGAAAUUUCCCAAAAGUUGAUCGGACUGAUUCAGCGGUAACAUUUACAAGAGAUCGAAUAAACUUCGAAAAAAUCAUUUCGCGUCUUUCCAGAUCAACUGCUGUCUAUUUUGUUGGCCGACCAUCGUUGGCUGAACAUGUCGACAGAAUCUGUGAAAAGCACAACAUUACUUUAGUGAAACAUUACACAAAUUCACAAAGAGGGAUGUCCGAUAAAUUGCAAAUGACGUUUUAUCUAAAGAGACUUUUACUUGUUCUGUCUGUUACUGUUGGUGUGUCCAUUGCAUUGAGCAUUUACAUUGACGCAAGAAAAAUUAAGAAUAUGCUUCUAAGUCAUGUAUAAAAAGAACUUGUUCGACUUUUUAAUGUAUUUAUUUAGUUAAUUAUCUUCAUUUGUUGACAUUCCGUGUUAAAAAACUUUCAUGUAGUGAUUUGUAUUUUAAAGGUGGAUUAUCAAUAUUGCCUUCGCAAGGUAGGAGUGUUAACAAAAUGUUUUGUAAGAAAUUUCUUACAAACAUAUCAAACUUUUCUAUUAGUUUUAUGUAUAUAUUUAUAAGACGCGAUGUCUGUUUUAAUGUAUAUUUUUAUCAUCUUUUUGUAUGAAUAAACUUUAUUUUUAAACACUCCUUUCCCUAUUCCCUAACUUAUAUAGCUACCACUCUGAUAAAAUAUUUGUGAAAAUGUGACACGAAAAUCGAGUCUUUUAAUUACUCUUAAUGUUGAAACUGUCACCUCCCCUUUUUCAAAGUCAAUGUUAGAUUUCUAUUAGCAUCAACCAGGCAAUGAUUUCGCUAUUAACUAUUUCGGGGGAAAAGGGAGCUCAAAAUGAAAUUCACAAUAUGAUUUUCUAGAGUUACUACUUCUUGUUUUGCAUGGUAGUUAUUCUGACUACCGGUAGUUAAUUUUAUUUCAGUGAACUGAUCAGAGUUAUAUAAAGUUCCACUGAGCGU